ACAAAUAUUGAAAUCUGGUCCGGUUUCCUUGUGUCAACUGACUAUGUCUGUGAGAUAAGGAUUAUAUACAGUUCUAAUGAUAAAAUGGAUUUAUCAAUGGAAAAAUAAGAAAUAAAGAAAACAUGUUCAAUUUAGUAUUAUUUCUUUUGUCUGGAAUACUUUGGAAAAUAGGAGACUGUGUUAUCAGUUGGGAGGUGACCCACCAUAAGGACAACUCCAAUGGUUACACUUGGGAGGAAGCAGAUACAAUAUGUAAAGAAAACGGGAAAGUGUUAGCUGUUGUUGAUUCACAGGAAAAAUGGGAAAAGCUUAAAUAUGUUAUAACAGGAGGAAACAGAUACACCGCACCUGCAGAUGUAUACAUUGGUUUACAGUUUACCGGAAGUAUAAACAACUUUACAUGGAGCAAUGGAGUACAAGCGUCAUGGACAAAAUGGUAUGACAACGAACCAUACUUUACUGAUACAAGACAUUGCGUUAGGUUAGAUGUUUAUACAGAUUACUCCUUUAGAACAAGUGAUUGUUCUUAUAAGCAUCAUUUUGCUUGUUCAUAUGAAGUAUAUAUACCAGAUCCUGUAGUGCAAGAUCUUGUAACAUCCACACCAGCAGUAUACACGGGCUCAUCUGGUAUCAACUCGGACAUGAUUGUCGGGAUGUCAGUUGCAUUUGGAAUAUUUUUAGGUAUUGGAAUAAUAAUUUGCAUACUUUGUCGAUGUUGCUGUAAUUUUCAACAGGAGAAAAAGUAUGCUGAAAAUUCCAAGGCGAGCAAGCAAAUUAUACCAACCAGAUUACAAGCACAGAAGCAGUUUGAAAUUUGCAUGAGUCAGAUGGAAGGCGUUGAUUAUUCCCGCGCAAAAUCAAGUGCUGCAGCCUCUGUUUCGUAUAGCAGAAAUCAGAACCAUGAUGACGUCUUCGAUGUCGACGAUCACCCGUCAAAUGUCAUUGAUAUUGCACCCUACAAUGAUAUUUCACAAUAUGACCGAGAUGAUAGCAUGAGUUUGAAUGAUUCGUCCUCACCGUCUAAUAAAUCUACCGAUUAUAUGCAUUUUAUGUAAAAGAAAAUCUGGACAAAACUAUGUACGAGAAAGCAUGAUAUGAACACUUAUCUUAUCAAAUUACAAGCAAUUAUGUACGUUAAAUUUUCGUGAACCAGGGUUCUUUUGAACAUUUUUGAAUCUAGCCUAAGAAUAUAUCUCACUGAACCCGCUCACUUUAUGCAUAGCUUUAUCGAGCAGUUGCUAAUGAAUUGUCAUGUUACAAAUAAGGUCAACCGUUUUUAAAAUAUCAUUAAUGCUUUUUUCAACUCAAAAGCAUAUUUCCAAAUUUAACACGCAAGUGUUGCACACUCCAUAACUAUGGUAUAGUCGGCAACGUCAGAUUGUUUUUAUCCUGCAACAUCGGAUCUGUUCCUAUAUUUAUAGCCUGACGCAUGGAGUUGAUUUCUUCGAACUCUUGUUACAUUGUGGUUACAUUUGCGAUCAUACAUUAUAGGACUUUGUUUUGUAAUUUGCCUGAAACUAGAUUUGCAUUUUAGCACCUUAUUAUGAACUGGAAUUUGCUUUGCCCAUACUAUAUAUUUUGAGCCGUAAACGAAACUGUUAAUUUAGAUAAGGUCAAUUGUUUGACACAUACCAAUACAGGGAGAUAACUCUGUAAAAUCAGUUUAAAGUUUUUGACCAAACUCAGUGUUUGUAAAACUGCAAUAUACCCAAUAAAGUAUUCCCGAUAAAGUGUGAAAAUCACAAAAGCAUUUUUUUAAUUUUGAUUUUUUUUGUCAGAUUGUCAAAGUAAACCAGUAUUUUUGUCAACAUUUUAUGAAUAUCAAGCAUGGAGCCACCUUAAUUUAUACAAUGUGUAUAACAUUGUAUUAAUAAAUGAUUCCAUGUGCACGGAGGGUCAGAGAACAAAGCACGGUGAUCCACGAGAAGAUUGAUACUUUUGGCUCUUGAAAACAAACCAUUGUAAAAUUGUCUAAUACAAUCCAUUUUUGUAAUAAAAAAAGUCUUUUUAA